AUGGAAACUCUGAUUGAAAGCUUUAAUUAAAACCAAUAUUCCUCCUCUGAGAUCUUCUUUCACCAUAAUUAUACUCAAGUGAAUUAGUAAAACAUAAUAAACACAAAUACAACAGCUACAAGUUAAAACGUUGAACAAAACUUAAAACCAGAUAAUGAAAGAGAGAACAAAAAGCAAGAGUACGAAAUACUAUUAUAAUAACGUCAAGAAGAAAUGGUUAGACAAUAUCUUGAAGAAAUAAGGGUUCUUGAGCGCUAAUUAUGGGAUAUGCAAAAUAGAUAAAUCUUUAAGCAAAAGAAUGGUGUGUCAGAAAAUAUAUUCGAUAAAAUUACAACUAUGAGAAUAGGAAAUACAUCUUAAACAUGCUCUAUUUGUUACAACGGCUUCGAAAAAAAUGAAAUAAUCAAGAAACUCCCUUGCAAACAUAUAUUCCAUUUAUCAUGCAUAAAACCUUGGUUGAAAAAACAAAAAACAUGCCCUAACUGCAGAGAUGACAUUUGCGAAUCCUUAAAGCAAUAAUAAGAAAAGAAAAAAUAAAAGUAAUAAAAUAAAAGUAAAAUUGAUAAUGAUGAAGGAGAAAAGCUUUAAAAAAAGGAAACUGAUUCUCAAAGAGUAUAGAAGUCCUACGAUACGCCUAUAAACUCUAGUACUGAAAAAGAAUCUGAAAAAAAAGGAAACAAAUUAUCUAACUUCACCAUAACAACCUGCUAAUUAGCAGAUUAAACAAAUUGA